AUGGUGUCGUGGCCCGACACAGCUCACAUCGCUCACCGACGCCCCCACCUCAUCUCUUCUUGCUCUCUCCAGAAUCCUCCCGCACCGCAGCCGGAGCAGCAAGCAAGAACCGUCGCUCGACUCGAUCAGGCGCCGAGAAGGGACACCAAUUGUUAAGCAAUGUCUGGCAAGUACAUCAUCGCUGGCCUUGCUGCCUCCUUCAUCAUCGCAUAUGGCUCCGACGUCCUAGUGGCACAGAAGAAGGUUUUCGGAGGCACAACACCAAGGACUGUGUCGGACAAGGAGUGGUGGGAGGCGACGGACAAGCAGUUCCAGGCCUGGCCUCGCACCGCAGGGCCUCCGGUGGUCAUGAACCCCAUCAGCCGCCAGAACUUCAUCGUCAAGGAUCUCAAGCCUUGAUCAGGCGGUGAUGGACCAAACUCGGCACGGUGAUAAACUGAUGGUUGUAGCUACAAGCUGCCUGUGCUGUGUUCAUCACAGAUUAGUAGUACUUGCUUGGUCUGAAUAAAUCGGUGCUUCCUUUCGUCCAGUGCAGUCUUGUCUCUUCGGAAGCAUAUUUGCUUUGGACAUUUGUCAUCCCGGAUGAUUGUUCUUAGGCUCCGCGGCCUGAACUUUGCUUCUGGGCUC